UUUGAAAUUUCUAUAGUCUGUUGUUCUGUUUCCAAGAGCUGAUGUAAAUAAUCACGUAAUUACCUUUUUGGAAUUUCGAAAUACUUUCAGGAGUGAACUUAAAAACAAUAUAGUGGUACACACAAGAAAAAUAUUAAGAUAAAGUAAAUCUCGCUAAACUUGUAGGUUCACUGAGCAUCUUUGUAGCAUGGUUGUUGAAUGUGCAUUACCUGGUUAACUACGUUAUUUAUGUACCUACACUUGAAAUUAUCAUCUGUUUUUAUAUUUAAAAGUGUGUUCCGUGUAGCUAUAGCUUCAGCUCAGCCUUAACAGAGAUUAAUUUACUCAUUAUUUAAUAAUGAAUGUGUUAGGAGAAGCAGAAGAAAAAAGGAAAGUACCAACAAUGUUGCAAAAACUAUUACACUUUGAUAUCCAAGUCACAAAGAAGUUUGUGGACAUGUCCCAUAACAUAACAGCAUUGAGGUCCCUACGCAUACAUUCAAAAUUUUUAGAGGUAUCAUGCCAUGGUAUUGUCUGGUUGGCAGGCUGGCUUAGCUUCAUUUGGCUUUUCAACAACAAAGAACUGUAUCAAUUACAAGUAAAUGUGUUUAUUGCACUAUUAAUAGACAUUGUUGUUAUAGCAGUGUUAAAAGCAUUUGUUCGAAGACGUCGGCCAGUGCCCAUGAACAAAUUACUUCCUGGAAACCCUGACAAAUAUUCCUUUCCAUCGGGCCAUUCAAGCAGAGCAGCCAUGAUUGCAUUUAUUAUGAUUUGUGUAGAUCCGAUCUCAUUUAUAUUCUACCCUCCUUUGCUUGCAUGGGUAGGAGCUGUGGCUCUUUCAAGAGUUUUGGCAGAGAGACACUACUUUUUAGAUGUUUUUGCUGGAUUAGGCAUUGGAGUGCUGGAAGGCCUACUUAUAUCACUGAUGUGGUUCUCUCAAAGUACAGCUAUCAGUAUCAUAUCAACAUUAUCGGAUGAAAAGAAAGAUGGAGGGGAGUACCAUGUAUAAAAUGAAAGCUACCCGGAACUAAAUCUAAUUUAAAUUUGCAAUUGCUUGUUUAAAUAUUAUUUAGGUUUGAAAUGAAAUACAAUCAAGUAAACACAAAUGUCAUUGUUAAAUUCUAACACAAUUGUGUUAUUAUAUUAAUGUAUAAAACAAUAAAGAGUCUGUAAAUAACAACAUUA